AUGUCGACCGGGACGCCUGCCAUCGUCGUCAUUGGCGACUCGAUCACGCAGCAAGGCGCGAUCGCUAGCGCCAAUGGGUUCGUCUCGCUGCUGUGUCAAGACUACGUGCGCAAGGCCGACAUCAUCAACCGCGGCUGCAGCGGCUGGACGACCAGGACGUGGCUGCCCAAGCUUGAGUUGCUCCUGACCGAGUGGGCACACCGAGCGCCUGCACUCGUUUUGAUUUUCUUGGGCGCCAACGACGCAGCGCUGCCGCACGCGCGCGAUGCCCACCAGCAUGUGCCACUCGACGAGUACGCGGCCAACUUGGCGGCCAUGGUCGACACGCUGCGUGCUGCGAGCCCCGAUUCGCGCUUUCUUUUGAUCACGCCCGCAGCGAUCGAAGACGCCAAGUACGCGAGUCGCUCGAAUGUCGAGGCUGGCAAGUACGCUGACGCAUGCAUCGCUGUCGGGUACAAAAAGGGCGUUCCGGUGCUCGAUGUGUGGCGGCCGAUGCAAGGCCGACCCGAGCUUCUUCGCGACGGUCUACACUUGAGCGUCGAAGGCAAUACAUCAAUUCAUCGCUGGCUCACGACGACCAUCGCGGAGCAAUUUCCCGCCUUGACGCCGGACGCGCUCCCGACUGUCUUUCAAUAA